AUGGGUCAACUCAUAUCGGUGUUGGUUGUUGGAUUUUCCGAAAUUACAUUGACCAAGAGUCAUGGAAUAUCAUCCAUCAUGACUAAUUGCUCGCUCGUCAUCGUGUUUUUCUGUACGGUUAAGGCAAAAGCACCGCAAGGGGGCUUGGGUUUAGGGUUUGGGGUUUGGGGUUUGGGGCCUGGGGCCUGGGGUCUGGGGUCUGGGGUCUGGGGUCUGGGGUCUCGGGUCUCGGGUCGGGGGUCGGGGUCGGGGGUCGGGGGUCUGGGGUCUGGGGUCGGGGGUCCGGGGGGUCCGGGGUCCGGGGUCCGGGGUCCGGGGUCCGGGGUCCGGGGUCCGGGGUCCGGGGUCCGGGGUCCGGG